UCGAAAAAGUUAUGUUAAUUGGAAAACUCUCAUUGUUUAACCCCCUGAACUAAAAACUGAGCCGUGAUUUGAAGCUGCCAGACUUUUGAAUUUAGUAAUCACGAUUUUUCCAAAACCACAGAGAGACACAUAAAUUACACCCUCGUUAUAAAAUUGUAAUUGUCUUAAAAGUUGUCAUAUACAAAAUGUUUCAAUCAUUAAAUUGUCGGAUAAAGUGUAACUUAUUCCUAAAAACUGUAUGAAAUACAUAUAGUGUUACUAUGCAAUUGGCUGUUAUACUAAAUUUAUGUAUGUGAAACGUUAACAUUCAAAAAGACUUCAGAAGGUCUGAAAUUGAUAAAAAUGACAAAGCCCAUUGUUAUUCCCACCACCCCUUAUUAAACUCAUUUAUCUCGAUGAUAAUUGCUCGAAACUGUUAUACGAAAAAAACAGUCUUUUACACUUUCUGAUAUUUAAAAUACCGCUUCUUCAUUUUUACUCUAAGUUACUUCAAGCUACUCCAAGUGUGAGUAUCAUUUGAACGUUUUGUUUAAAAUAGAAAUCAAUUUACAAUCUCGUAACAUUUUAUCAUUUUAUCUUAAUAUUUGAAAUUAAGUUAAUUAAUCCUUAUCAUUAAAUUGACAUGAUGUUGGUGCCUCUAAAAUACCCUUCGAAAUUAGGCCAACGAGCACUAGAGCUAAGACGGAACAUUGCUUGUUUAUCAGCAUUAUCAGAGACACAUCAAAUACUUCAAAAGACUAUCAGAGACUUUGCUGACCAUGAACUUGCACCAAAGGCAGCUAAAUUUGAUAGAGAACACUUAUACCCUGUGGAAGAGGUAAAGAAAAUGGGCCAACUCGGUUUGAUGGCUAUUGAUGUGCCACAAAAAUAUGGUGGUAGUGGUUUGGACACUCUUGCUUAUGCUAUUGCCAUGGAAGAAAUUUCAAGGGGAUGUGCUUCAGCUGGCCUUAUUAUGUCUGGUCAUAAUUCACUAUACCUUGGCCCGAUUCUGGCUUUUGGUAAUGAAAAACAAAAGAAAGAAUAUAUUGAACCAUAUACCACAGGUGAAAAAAUCGGUUUCUUUGCUGUCUCCGAACCUGGAAGUGGUUCUGAUGUCGGAGCACUCACUACCACGGCUAUUCUUAAGGGAGAUCGAUAUAUACUAAAUGGAACAAAAGCAUGGAUUAGUAAUGGACUAGAGGGUGAAAUGGGUGUAUUAUUGGCAAAAACUUCAAAAGAUCUGAAACACGAAGGCCUGUCUGCAUUUAUUGUUUCCAAGGACAUUAAAGGACUCACUGUUGGAAAAAAGGACGAUAAACUUGGUAUCCGUGGAACGUCAACCUGUCAACUGAUCUUUGAAGAUUAUGAAAUCCCCAAAGAGAAUCUAUUAGGCAAAGAAAGUUAUGGUUUCGAGAUUGCAAUGAAAAGUCUUGAUAGUGGACGAAUUGGAAUCGCUGGACAAGCGAUCGGCAUUGCACAGGCAUCACUUGAACUUGCUGUUGAUUAUUCUAAGACACGAAUCGCCUUUGGAAAACCCAUUUCACAAUUUCAAAUUGUUCAACAAAAAAUUGCUGAUAUGGCCAUUAGAGUUGAAACGGCAAGGCUUUUGACGUGGCGUGCAGCCUGGUUGAAGGAUAAUGAUAAAUCCUUUUCUAAAGAAGCUGCAAUGGCUAAGUUAGCUGCUUCAGAAACGGCAACUUUCUGCUCACAUCAAGCUAUUCAAAUUCUUGGUGCUAUGGGUUUUGUUACAGAAAUGGCUGCAGAACGACAUUAUCGUGAUGCUAGAAUAACAGAAAUUUAUGAAGGGACUUCGGAAAUUCAGAAAUUGCUUAUAGGGCAUUGUGUGUUCAAGGAAUUAAGUGCAUAAAAUCUCUAAAAAAAAAACUAGUAUUUAGUGUUUUUUCAUUGUCCUUUUAAAUUGUAUUAUGUUAGUACUCAGAUGUCAGAUUUAUAGCUUUAUUUCUAUUUAGGUUUAAAAUAAAAUCAAUACAACCUUUGAGAAGUUUUUUUAACGUGGAUGAAAAAACUUUGUAUGUUCACUGUCAGUUUCUAUUUUGUACAGUGACAUCUCGUCAGUUUGCAAAUCCUUUUCAACCUAAAACAAACUAGGAUUUUCAGAAAAAGCGUAUGUAUGUGCGAUUGCACAUUCAAAAUGAAUUAUAAACGUUUUACGAAUUUUGCCUAAAAUCACGGCUCCGCGGAAAUUAAGCCCCAGGAAAUAAGGCCCCAGUAAAAAAAUGAUAAAAAAUGAUAUCCCAAUUUGGGGCCUUAUUUCGUUUUUCUUUUGCAGUCUUAUUUUCUGUGCCUAAUUUCGCGAAGCAAAUCACCCUUUCGCUUUGAUAUGAAAGGUUAUAAUGCGUUUUUCUAUGAUCAAUUUGAAUAUAAAUAGGCUGAAUAUAGUCAAAAAUUAUAAGUAGAUACAAAAAAAAGUCCUGUAGUCG